AUGGUUGAGCUAGGAUAUUAUCGUCAUCCAUCAGAUGAUCGCAAUCGCGGAUCCAUAAAUUUUCAAAAAGAUAUUAUUUUACCAAUAAACAAUAACUUGUUGACUUCACUUUCAAUAAAUGAGAGUGGAACAGGAGUUAUUUCUGGUUUUCACAAUUUUUUUGAGAAAUUGACUAAUCUUACUAAACUGACUUAUACCACUAUUUUUCCAUAUGAAUAUUUUGAUGACCUUCGUGAGUUCAUAAAAUUUGGUAUAACUAAAAGAGCUUUUAAAGCAGCAUAUCUAGAUAUAUCAAGCUUUUACGAGGCUCUCCCUUUCGAUUUGGAUACUAUAUUAGAUUUAGUUGGACAGUCCACAGCAGAUCAUCAGAAAAUGUUUUUCAUCUUCGAACUAGCUCUUGUUGCGAUUUUUAAUAAACCUUUAGAAUUCAACACUGCCCUUCAAGAUUCAGAACAUAUGAAAAUUAUUAUGGUUGAUGGUACAUUUUUUGUUGUUGCUAGGUUAAUUUCCUUUUAUGAAGGUUUGUUUCAACUUGUGAAUACGCAUCCAUCACUCAAAAGUUUUGUCUUUGGGACGGUCAGGGGAUUUUAUUUAUCACCGGGUCUUCAAAAGAUUUUAAACAGAAAAAGAAAACUACUUUCGGAUUCUUCUAUUCUUGGGUCUCUUGAAAAAGCUGCUAUUGUUCAAAGAUUUCCUUCGUUUCUUAAAAAUCCUGAUUUUAAUAGAAAGGGAUGGGAUGUUUCAGACGGACUUAUUAGAACACUAUUUUUUGGUCUAAUUCCACAAAAUCAAAACUUGACAUAUUUGAAAUGCCUCAGUCCAAACGAUGGAACCACCGAGGAUGAAACCUCUUUUAUAAACUUUUUCAAGUCAAUGAAUAUGGAAGAAGUUUCUGAUAGUCUUGUGGCAUUAUAUGAUUUUGACAAUUAUCACAAGUUUGGUGGCCCAGCAAAUAAGGACAUGUUGACACCUGAUAUGGAGAACCAGGUUCGUAAAAUGGAUCUGUCCUGUUUGCACUCUGUUUUUAAUUAA